AUGAUAUAUUAUGCAUUAUUUAUAUUAAUUCAAUUAAAUCAUCAUCAUCAUGGUGUUAUUGGUGACGACGACACAUAUACAGUCAAAAUAGAUCCGACUAAACAAUGGGGUCAAUGGGACGGUUGGGGUACAUCCCUGGCCUGGUGGGCCAAUGUAUUCGGCGACCGGGAUGAUCUGGCUGAUAUGAUGUUUACAUUGAAAUGGGUUAACUAUCAUAACAAAUCGGUACCGGGUCUCGGUUUGAACAUUGCCCGCUACAAUGUAGGUGGGUGCUCAUGGAAUACCAUUGAUAAUAGGAACGGUACCACCACUACCAAACAUAUGGUUGAAUCGCCAAACAUACCCAAGUUUCGGCAAAUGGAAGGCUAUUGGCUGGACGGCGAAUCGGAGGACAAACCCGAUGACUACCGAAGCUGGAAUUGGACAGCCGAUAGCAGACAGCGCCAGAUGGUCGGUAAGGCCAUGGACAGGGGUGUCGAUCAGCUGGAAAUGUUUUCCAACAGUCCUAUGUGGUGGAUGUUAGCCAAUCUGAAUCCGAGCGGUGCCGGGGAUGGCGGUGAAAAUCUCCGACCCGACUCCUAUCGUAAGUUUGCCAUAUAUUUGGCUACAGUAGCCAAGUAUGCCCGCGACAAGUGGAACAUGACGUUUGUAUCGGUUGAACCGUUUAAUGAGGCAACCAGUUGGGGCUGGACUUCCCAAGGUAGUCAAGAGGCCUGUCAUAUUGGUACGGAAGCACAGCAACAGGUUAUCCGAUAUCUGAGACAUGAGUUGGACGUGCGUGAACUCAGGGAUGUAUUAGUUGCCGCAUCCGAUGAUAAUACAUAUGACGGUGCCCUGAAAUUAUGGAAAAGUUUCCCGGGGGAUGUCCGUCAAUUGGUCGCCAGGGUUAACGUUCACGGCUAUCAGUAUGCGUAUGGCCAGCGAAAAGAGUUGUACGAUUUGGUGGGUACCGGUGCCGGUGGUGACGGUAAGCAAUUGUGGAAUACGGAGUACGGAGAGGGAGAUCCGUCGGGUAUACCGUUAGCCCAGAAUCUGAUGCUCGACUUGUUUUGGUUACAUCCGACCGCUUGGAUCUAUUGGCAAACGUUUGACGGAUCCGAUUGGGGACUCAUUGUUACAAAUCCGGCUGAAAAACAAUUGGGUCGUCUGAAUCAUAAAUACUAUGUAUUGUCACAGUUUUGCCGACACAUUAGGAAAGGUAUGCAAAUACUAUCAACCGAUCGAUUGAAUACUGUAGCCGCCUAUGACUACCAAAAUAAACGUCUAGUUAUUGUUUCCUUAAAUUUGGAUCAAUCAUCAGUUAAUAUUACCUAUGAUUUAACAAUGUUUGCUACUAUAAAAAAGGGGACAGUUGUUAACCGAUGGACAACACAACCUAAAAAUGAUAAAAUAUUAUAUUUGAAAUAG